AUGCUUGGAAAGUGGGGGGGGCUACGUUCUUCCCCCCCUGGACUGCAGCUGGACUUGAAAACCUUGUUUGUGACCAUCUCUGACCUCUGCAGGAAAUCUUGGCACCCUUUCCUCUCUUUUUUCAUUUUGGGCAAGGGGCCGGGGGGUGGGCUGGGGGGGAGUGACGCGGCGGCUGUCCAUUUCCAGCGGAUGUCCAUGAAUACAAACACCAUGAUAUUUAUGAUCCUGGGGGCCUCUAUUGUUAUGGCAAUCGCGUGCUUGAUGGAUAUGAACGCGCUCCUGGACCGAUUUCACAAUUAUAUCUUACCGCAUUUGAGAGGCGAAGACCGAGUCUGCCACUGCAACUGUGGAAGGCACCACGUCCACUACGUCAUCCCGUACGAUGGAGAUCAAUCCGUGGUGGAUUCCUCAGAGAACUACUUUGUGACUGACAAUGUAACCAAGCAGGAAAUUGACCUGAUGCUGGGACUUUUGUUGGGUUUCUGUAUAAGCUGGUUCCUGGUGUGGAUGGACGGGGUGCUCCAUUACGCUGUGCGGGCCUGGAGAACAAGUCGACGGUAUGACAAUUCGUGGUCUUGGAUCCCAAAAUUUUGUAACUUCAAGGAGUUCAGGAAACGUCACCACAGGCAGUAUGAUGAGCCAACCGGGAACAUGGUGCACAUUAAACAGAAGCUGUACCAUAACGGGCAUCCUAGCCCUAGACACCUCUGA